AUGGACGAGGCGAAGCUAAACCAACUGAAGCAUUUCGUCGAACAGUGCAAGGCCGAUCCCUGCGUUCUUAGCGAUCCUUCGCUCUCGUUCUUCCGCGACUACCUCGAAAGUCUCGGCGCUACGAUCCCUGCCCAUUCUCACAGUCACGGCGAUUCCAAAUCGAAGAGCUAUGUGGUGGAGGAGAGCGACGAUGACAUGGCGGACGCUGAAGCCGCUCAAGUCCAUGUCGAAGAAGAAGAGGAAGAUGAGAUAAUCGAAUCUGACGUUGAACUCGAGGGCGACACUGUGGAGCCUGACAACGAACCUCCUCAGAAGAUGGGAGACGCGUCGGUUGAGGUCAGUGAUGAGAACCGCGAGGCUUCUCAGGCAGAAAAAUCCAAAGCUGUCGAGGCCAUUUCAGAAGGUAACUUGGAGGAAGCGAUUGAGCAUCUCACGGAGGCAAUUUUGCUCAACCCUACUUCAGCAAUUAUGUACGGCACCAGAGCUAGUGUGUACAUCAAAAUGAAGAAACCUAAUGCUGCUAUUCGUGAUGCCAAUGCUGCUCUGGAGAUCAAUCCUGACUCUGCUAAAGGCUACAAGUCUCGCGGCAUAGCACGAGCAAUGCUUGGUCACUGGGAAGAGGCUGCCAAGGAUCUUCACUUGGCAUCAAAGUUAGAUUAUGAUGAAGAAAUAAGUGCUGUACUUAAGAAGGUUGAACCAAAUGUGCACAGGAUUGAGGAACACCGUCGGAAGUAUGAUAGGCUUCGCAAAGAAAGGGAGGAUAAAAGGAUUGAACGCGAGAGACAACGCCGCCGUGCUGAAGCUCAGGCUGCGUAUGAGAAGGCUAAGAAGCAAGAGCAGUCAUCUUCUAGUAGAAGGCCAGGAGGCAUGCCUGGUGGGUUUCCAGGAGGAAUGCCUGGUGGCUUUCCAGGAAUGCCAGGAGGCUUCCCAGCAGGCAUGGGUGGAGGGUUUCCAGGGGGCAUGCCUGGAGGCUUCCCAGCAGGCAUGGGUGGUGGCUUUCCAGGAGGAGCAUCUGGAGGUGCACCUGGAGGUGCGCCUAGGGGUGGUGCGCCUGGGGGUGGUGCACCUGGGGGUUUCCCUGGUAGCACGCCAGGAGGGGUGCCCGGAAAUGUCGAUUUUAGCAAAAUAUUGAAUGACCCUGAACUGAUGUCUGCGUUUAGUGAUCCAGAAGUCAUGGCUGCUCUUCAAGAUGUAAUGAAGAACCCUGCUAACCUUGCAAAGCAUCAAGCAAAUCCCAAGGUGGCUCCUAUAAUUGAAAAGAUGAUGAGCAAAUUUGGAGGACCCAAGUGA